GCACGUCAGGAAGACGGGAGUUGGGUAAUUUUGAGAGGGAGGCUGGGGCGGGUUUGCCCGUCUUCAAAAUGGAUUUUGCAAGGCACUGAUCGGGUCUCGAGAGCCUAAGCGGCCCCCCUCCCCGCGAUCCCCUUUGGACCGCUGCCUGCACGGGCGUAAAGGACCCUCCGCAGAGACUUGAUUGGAAUGCAGAGAGUUGGGACAUAGGAUGUGGGGGACAGCUGUCCCUUAAGGAAGAAUUUCACCAGUUGUGGCUUUCCGCAUUGUGCUGCUUUCUCAGCUGUGUUAACUUCUACCCUUAAAGCCACAGAAUCACCGCCUGCAUCUUUCCAGUCUUUUGAGUUUUGACCUGUGCAAGUUGUUCUGACUCCCUGGGAAAGAAUCACCAGUAGCAGCCAUGUCGCCCGAAGAAAUGACCUACUUGACCGUGCUUCUCAUCUCCGUCCCCAUUGGUUUUCUCUUCAAGAAAGGAGGGCCGAGGACCAAGCAGUUUGGAGGGGCAGCUGCAGGGCUUUUGCUUGUGCUGGUUACCUGCCAUGUCCACACUCUCCACUCACUGGUCACUAUCCUUGGUUCGUGGCUUAUCAUCAAUAUCUCUCCAAGGUCUUGCCACUACCUGACGCUUGGAUGGACCUUUUCCUACCUGCUCUUUUUCCGCACAGUUACAUACUUCGGUUUCCCAGACCCAACACCAUUCACCAAUGCCAUACAACUCUUGCUUACUCUCAAGAUGGUGAGCUUGGCCAAUGAAGUGCAAGAAUUCACUCAAGCAAAGAAACAAGAAGUGACAUCCUUUAGCAAGUCUCCCGUGAUUGGUGUGAUCCCCAAAAUGCCAGGACUGGUGGAGAUACUGUGCUACAGUUAUUGCUAUGUGGGACUCAUGACAGGCCCGUUUUAUCGCUACCAUACUCAUUAUGAUUGGCUGAACCAGCCUAACUCUACAGUUAUCCCCAGCUGGCAACCGCUGCUUUCCAGAUCUAAGAUGCUUCCCAUCUAUGGGGUCUCAUUCCUGGUGGUCUCUCACUUCUUUCCCCUUGACUACGUGCGAAGCGACGCUUUCUACGAGCGAGCACUUCCUUUCCGCCUCUUCUACAUGAUACCCAUCUUUUUCGUCUUCCGCAUGCGUUUCUAUGUGGCCUGGCUGUGUGCCGAAAGCGCCUGUAUCGCAGCUGCCUUUGGGGCUUAUCCAGCUGCCGCCAAAUCCCGAUCAGGUGGGGGCCCCACUGUGGAAUAUGAGCCCCUCAGUAGAUCAGCUGAUGGAGAGGUGUCAAGUAUCACCUAUGAUUAUGAGACAAUUAAGAACAUUGACCCACAUGGCACAGACUUCUGCGUCAAGGUGAAAGAUGGCAUGCGCUAUUGGAACAUGACAGUACAAUGGUGGCUUGCACAAUAUAUCUACAAAAGUGCUCCUGUCCAUUCCUAUGUCAUGAGGAGCGCCUGGACUAUGCUGAUCUCUGCGUACUGGCAUGGAAUUCACCCCGGCUACUACCUCAGCUUCCUGACCAUUCCACUAUGCCUGGCUGCUGAAGGUGCAAUGGAGAACGGCUUCUUGAGACAUCUCUCCCCUGCAGGGCGUCUCUAUGGCGACUGGGUGCAGUGGUUCUUGAAAAUGCGAGCCUACGACUACAUGUGCAUGGGCUUUGUGCUGCUGACCUUUGAGGACACCGUGCGCUACUGGAGCUCCAUCUAUUAUUGCAUCCACGUGGGGGCAGUGGCCUUCUUCCUGCUGGGGAAGCUUUUGGGAGGCCGGAGGGACCAUGGCAGCUCUCCAAAGGGCAAAGAUGGGGCUGCGCAGAGCCCCCAGCGGGGGGAGUGAUGGGGUUGAGGCGAGGGGUGGCCACUAGAGGUCAGCAUAAAGCCCACAAGGUGGGGCACUCCCUUGGGUCCUGGAGACUGGGGAAGUGACACAAGACUCUCUCUUUUGUUGUCUGUUUGCUGCACUGUUGCAACCAGCGUUGGAGGUCCAAGAAUGGGAAGCAGCCGUCCUGGCUCCCAACCCCUGCUCUCGACCUGCUCCCCUGCUACAAUCCUGAUCGUUCCCAUUGCCACCUGCAAUAACUUGCUAGGCAUCAGAGUUUCUUCACUUCUAGCCGUUUUGCCUGCUAGGUUUUUUCUUUCCAGCCUCCAUUUUGCAUUCAGAGUCCUGGCUCCUCACAAGGCUCUGCUCUAACAUUUUGUUUCGUUUCUUUCCUCCUCAACCCUCAGCCAUUUUUCACAGGAGCAUGUCAGAACGUCGCAGGAAUGAGCUGGCCUCCAAUUCUUGCCUGCUUCCUAAGAUGCUCCUGGCUGUUUUUUUUAAUGCAUACAUUAUCUAUAUAGAGACACACAUGCACAACCAUAUAUAUGUACUACAGCUGUACUAGCUGAAGGUAUGUUUUGGGAGUCAUAGUGGAUGGUAAAGUUGAGGGCUGUAAUAGGUCGUAAUGUGGGAACAUGUCCCAGCUUGAGUGGUGGCAGCACUCUGUGUAAUGAGCUGUACAAAACUCUGACAGACUCUGUGUCCUGAAUCAGUGACCCCCUUCUACCAAGCGGGGUGAGGUUCUGGGAAUUGUGGAUGCACUUCUGGCUCCAGCAUCUACCAUGACAAAGGAGAGCCAACUUGCAUUUUGUUAACGUGGAGAAAAGCAAGAAGUCCUGAAAAGAAAUUUUGCAUACUUCCGAAGUCUGGUUCAGGUGCUGCAGAUUUAAAGGAUCAACCAGGUGUUUUAGAUGCAGGAUUGUAUUUUAGGAAGUGCAGGUGCUGCUGGGGGCAGAGGUGGCUUGAAAAGUAUAUUUCAGGUUUAUGGGCUUUGAAAGUUGGGUUUUAUAUUACAGAACCAAACUUCUAUUGAUGCCAGUACGAUUUUGUCUCUCUCUUGGGGAGGGGGGUCAUGAAGAAGUGAAAAAGAAAAACUUGAUCUGAUCUGACUGCAACCCCACUUUGUAGCCAAGGCUACUGUAGCUCAGUUGGAAACUUAAUGAGAAAUAAAAGUUUUGAACGAGA